AUGGCGUCCAACCCAAUCACCAAGCAGACAUACAUAAAAUUCCGAGGAAGGUCCGAUGAAGAAGAUGACGAUUACCAAGAUGUAGAUAACUUCAUCAAGGAAUUUGAAUCUAUCUCGUUUGCUAACAAGGAGCAUGCAGAAGAUGAUCGGAAACGAAUCUUCUCUGGUCUUCUUCGAGAUCAUGCGAGGAAUUGGUGGACACACGUCAAGCGAUUUCAAGUACUCAUUGACAGAGCUGGAGGACUUCGAUCUGGAACCAAUACGGGUCAAAUUUCUGAAGCCCAAGCCACAGAUCACUUCAUAAGCGAGUUGGAAGACCCAAUUCGAUUGUUCUACAGAGAAAGACAGAACACCCCUCCUACUUUGGACAAUGCCAUCAGUAGUACCGAGAUAUAUGAAACAGCACAUUACAAGAAGGAAUCGCGCAGAAGGGAGAAGAAGCGUUCGAAGAAGAAGAAGAGAAGGUCAAGCUCUUCUUCAAGCUCGUCGGCAUCUUCAGACUCAUCGAGCUCUUCCUCGUCAUCUUCCGAAGAAGACACUAGAAAGGCCUCACACAAGAGGAAAGAAAAGAGAAAGAAAGAUAGGAAGAAAGAAAAAACGACACCCAGACCUAGCACUCCAAAGAAAGAAGAUCCUAUGGAUACUCUUCGGAAGGAAAUGGCUGAAAACCAGGUCAUACAGCGAGUGAAUGUUAUUCCAAUCGACCUUCGUAUCCUGUACAACAAAUGGAGUGGGUCCCUACAUGAGAUUACUACGAAGGCUACCAGCAAGAAGACCAGGAGCUGCCCAAAACCUCGAAGACAGCUCGGUUAUGUACCAUUGUGUGGGAACUGUGGGAAAUCGGGACAUACAGUGGCAAACUGUGAUCAACGUCCAGCACAGCAGAAACCUACGGUACGUUUCAGUACUGCACCACCAGUCACAAUUCCGAAGGUGGAUACUCCAGUAAAUUUGGUCUCAUGGGACCAUACUAAACCUUCGGAAGAUCUGGAAAUGGAAUGGCCUGAGGAAUUUAGAGAUGAUCUUCCGAUAGAGGUCUUGAAGGUAGAGACACGAAAUACUAAGAAACAGAAGAAGAAGGGCACUUCAUCUUCAUCUUCUGAAUCACCCCCACCAAAGAAAAAGAGCGAACGGAAGAAUAUCGAAAUUUCCACUUCUUCCAAGAAGGAGACACCGAAGCAAGCCAUCGCUAGUCCGCAUGAAGAUAAGCAGCCGACUGCUUUCCCCGCGGACAUCGAGAGGAAGUCCAGGAGCUCAUCCAGAAGGAAGUACAAGAUGAAUUGGCACCCGUAG